UGCGCUGACGUUAUAUUGUCAAAAACCAAAAAGGCGCAGAGGCGAAGUGAUGAAUUCCAUUGGAUUGUGUCCGUUUGUCUGUCGUUCUUUUUUGUUCCCGAUCGAGAAUUCGUGUUAGAAAAAACUCGUCGCUACGUAAUUGAGCAACCUCAAGUGCCCAAGUGUCUAACAAAGCGAUUGAGCGUUCGGGCCAAGUGUUUACGCAGAGAUUUCGGUUCAAUUUUCGUGUUUCAUUCUACGUCGACUUCUCUCGAUGAUCUCAUUGCUAGGAGAGUCGAGGACAUUUGUUGCAACCCACCAUAUACAGCCAACUGUCCAUCCAAGGAGGUAGAAGGACACGGACAAAUUCCGCGGAGAGGACAAGGCUGCCAGGUAAUCUGCGAAUCGAGUCGGGGUGGAGAUGACGUGAGGUCCAGCCAGGCAGCAACACCAACAAGGACCGACUGUUGCGUGCGCCAAUUGGAAAUUGGCUUCCAGUUUCGUGUUGUCCCGCCCUUGAUCCGACAUCCUAUUCGAGUUUCGUGUCUGCGCCCCGUUGGGAAAAGCACGGCAAAAGAUGAAGAAACAAUUCCACAAAAUUAAAAUAGCCGCGGAGAAUCUUUCCAGGUCCAAUAAACUGGAAAAUAAAAACGAUGAAUUGAAUAAAGUAGAAAAGCAAGUAGACAAAUAUAAAGAUGUACUCGAGAAGAUUCACAAAAAAUUCUCGCCUUCCGCUGGUACGGAUCAGGAUCGAGAGAAGCGCAUCAAGAAAGUCAACGAAUAUCGUUUGGCGCAGACGCUUGAGGAGACGGCGAAAGAUCUGCCAGAAGAGCUGUGCUUGUUCAACGUUAUGAAGAAAUGUGGUGAACUGGAGAAGAACAUCGCCAAUCAUAUUCUCGAUUAUGAGAUCCAAACCGAAAAUGAUGUUACCAAGCGACUGAAGGCCAUUCUAGAUAAUGAUAUCCAACAGAUUUCCAAUCACAAGCGAUCUGUGAAUAGAUUCGUCACUGAGUACAACUCAGUGAAGAAAGCUCAUGAGAAUGCACAGCGUUCGAAUGAAAGUCAGAAAAUUACUUCGUUACGACAAGAGCAGGAGGAUCUUGAGUUGAAAUUAGAGAAGGAACGUGACCACUUGGCCGCAGAGAUGUUCGCGUUGAUUGGAAAAGACGAGGACAUGGCAAAUUGUAUAAAGGAUUUCGUUGAAUGCCAAAAGACAUAUUACGAGCGAAUUCUAGAGAAUAUUCAACAGAGUCUAAGAGAUAUCAAUAGUAUAGUCAAUACAUGUGAUAAGAAGCGAGUUUUCGGUGUUCCGCUUAUCGAGCAUUUGAGUUCAACUAAUAGGAGAAUUUCGAAAGUGAUUGAACUGAGCGUGUGCUGUCUAAUUGAUAGGGGACUGAAUGAAGAAGGGCUGUUACGUGUUGGUUGUGCUGGAACUAAACUGAAACGCUUAAAGAAUGCUAUAGACGCUCAGUACGUCAAUCCUCCUCUAUCGGCCGAGUAUCAGGAUAUUCAUGUGAUAGGCGGAUUGCUCAAACUCUACCUAAGAGAGCUACCCGAGCCGCUUCUCACCUACAAGCUUUACACCGAUUUCAUCCAGGCGGCACAAAAACCCACGGAAGGAGAACGCAAGAGUGCAAUACUUAAUGCUGUGAAUCAAUUGCAGAAAUAUAGCCCGGGGCAUUACGAAAACCUGCGAUAUUUGACGCGCUUCCUAUGGUGUCUUUGGCAGCGUCAAGAUGUCAAUAAAAUGUCUUCGCAGAACAUCGCAAUUGUGAUGUCACCGAAUAUAUUAUGGCCACCUGAAAGCAGUACGAACCCGAUCGACUAUGCCGGUCAAGUAAACAGUUCUGCAGCUGUGAAUACCAUAACCGAAAUGUUAGUGAGUGAAUGGGAACAUUUCUUCGAUGGCGAUGUGGAGUUUUUCCAGACAAUAACACGCGAUGGAUUAUUUGCAGAGAGCGGGGCGGACGUUUCCGCGGGAUUCAUAACCGUUGAAAAAGAUGGACCGCCAUAUCUGACGGAAGCAAUAUCACAGCAGACGAAUCGCACCCAUUCUCGCAGCAGCAGUCAUGAUACUAGUCGUAUUUUAAUCAACACCGAUACAGAUUCCAUGAGACGUGGCCAUUCGAAUGAUUCUCUGUCCGACACAUCGAGUCCAACUCACGCGGACAGUCCAAGAUUGCCAAACCGUCGGCGACACAAUAAGCCAUCAGCACCCACGCCUCCCCAUAAAACCAAUCCACCCUCGAGCAGUGUCCAUAUAUAUUCCGUUGUUGAACCCAAACCGAGCGAUCAAAGUCACCCUGCUACUGAUUUGGCUGAAGCUUCAGUCGUGAUGCAGCAAUCUAUGAAGUGUGAUAGCUCCUCCCAAACGCCUCCACUAACCACAAAGUCGGAACUAGCACAGAAUUUCAUUAAGCCCGAUAAACCUCCCAGACCGGCUCCCAUGGAAUGUGCCACUUUAAAUAGGUCAACAUAUAAAAACCGCGAUAGGUUACUAAGCAGUAAUAAGCCGGUGGCUCUUCCGCGGACUAUCCUAAAUGCCGCGAAAAGCACGGAAAAUUUGUCAAUACAAUCACCAGAUGACAAUGAGCGCGUUGACAUCCGCGAGAAGCCUGCUAUCCCGGAGCGACCAGCAACUUUAGUGCGUCCAAUCAGUUAUCGCAACGAACAAUUUCAAGAGAUGAUGCUAAAAACGGCGACAAGUGACCCAAGCCCGCCGCCACCUACCACUACUAACCUUAAGAAAGCUUCUAGUUUCCGCGGCAUGAGUACAACUUCCAUGAGCAACAAUCCGCAACAAGCCGUGGUAGUAAAGUCACAAAAUAGUCCAACUAGCAACGGGAACAGCAAUGGUUGUGCAAACAAUAACGGAAACAACACCCCAAACACUACUGGCCAUAAUAACAAUCAUAAAACGACUCUGGAGCGGGCACAAAUCUACAGCGUGGAGAAGCAACAGGUCUCUAUCAUUGAUGUAACUUCCUCAGAGCCGACAAGCAUCACUACCAGCGUGACAACAACCGCCAACAAAUCACCACUGCGGAUCGACAAUCCAGCCACCAUUGGCGACAGUGCAAUGUCCCAAUCGCGCGAAUUCAUAGCAAAUGAGAGUGGCAUGCAGACAUCAUUGACACAGGUGCCCCCAUCGCCGAGAGGAUUCGAUCCACGAAUAAAACGGCCUCAAGUGCCAGCACCACCGCCGCCUACAAACCAUCGAAAAUCGGAUGGUGCUUUAGGUGAUUCGACGCAUUUAUAAAAUCAAUUAGCCACGCGUUACCUAGAUAUUUUCUUAGACCUAUAAGCGUUUUUGCGAGUAUUCACACUGUACCACGUUUAGAGCUGUUCGUUCAAUAACUAGGACCUUCAAUUUCAUCCAUUUAAGUUAGUAAUCUUCGAUACACGACAUUUAACCGAUAAGUUGAACGCGUCUGAUGAGCCUAAGGUUUCCCGGUUCACUAUCUAAAGUUGUGAUAAGUUUUCGAAUUAGUGAUGGAGUCAAUAGUCAGACAAUCCAAUUGUUGAUUUUCAAAAGUCCCUAUUUUUUGUGACCUGAAAUGAAAUUUCAGGGAGGCAGUAGCACAGUUUUAAACACAAGUGCAAUUCCCUUCGGACCCUCACUUGAAACUUGGAGACAAUUUUAGAACUUCUGGCACUGCCGGCUACGUUAAAAAAUGCGCCUUCUCUCCCUGGUGCGCAACUACCGUGGCUUAUGUGACGCUACAGGUUAUUUCGGCAAAUGUUUCAAUCUACGUAACGAGUUUAUCCAUACGCGAAAUAUUGAAUCAUCGACCCGUCGACUUCAUUUCCCUAAACUUUUGCGUGUACACGUUUCAUAUCAUUUUUUAGGGCUAUCAUUGGAAAUGUUAGAUGGAGUACGCCUGAGGGCCCUCAAGCAAAUGCGUCGCUGCAUUUUCUAGCAAUUGAUAAUGGAAAUGAGCAAGGAAAUCAUAUUUGUGACUCCGCUAGAACAAUAUCAUUCAAGUGCAUGUAAUAUUGUAAUUUUAUUUAACCCCUGUUACAUCAAAUUUUUUUAUGGACCCUACAUUAUUGCUAUAUAAAAAAAGUAUUCAAUUUAAAUAAUAUGAAUGAAAAUUAAAAAUGAUUGAAUAAAAAUUUUAUAA